AUGCAGAAUAUAUCACUUAUUGUGGAAAUCAUACACAGUGCAUCAAAGACGACAAUGUUGUGUUCAAAACAAUUCUUAUCCCAAUCACCGACACCUAAUGGGCCAGCAAUGCAUUUUGCUGAGAAGGAGGACCAUAAGUCGAUAGCUUAUGAUUUGAAAAUUGAAUGCAACCAGUUUUACUAUGGACCAGAAUGUAGAACAUAUUGUAAUCCGAAUAUAUCCAGCUGUCGACUUAAGGCAGUUUUAAAGGCUGGUAAUUCUAUACCGAUGCCAGGAUGCAAGAGAAGUGCAAUGAAAAUGUUCUUAGCAAAGAAUGCAGUACGAUUUCACUUCUAUUGUUCAAACUCCGGUGAGCGUUUUUGUCAUAAAGGAUGGGCAGGCCAUAACUGCGAUGAACCUGUCUGCGAGAACAGUUGUAUUUAUGGAAUAUGCAUAGCACCGAACACUUGCAGGUGUCGACCUGGUUGGCAUGGUGAAUUUUGUGAGAAAUGCAAGGUCAUUAACGGAUGCAAAAAUGGUUAUUGCAACAAAGCAAAUGAAUGCAUAUGCAAGAAAAACUGGGGAGGAAUGGAUUUGGACUACUGUUUUCACAAUGCUCCAUGUAAAAACGACGGCAAAUGCUCUAGUGGAGGGCGACAAAAUUUUUAUUACUGCAAUUGCAGCAAGGAAUAUACGGGACGAAAUUGUGAAUAUCUGGUAGAUCCAUGUAAAAAUCUUGACUGUGGUCCAUUUGGCAAAUGUAUGACGAAUAAUUUUAAAUCUGAAUGUUUCUGCAACGCUAUGUAUUAUGGAGAUCGUUGUCAAUAUAAAAUUUUAGAUACUCCAACAAGAAAUGAAAGGGUAUUAUAUAAAGCUGCUUCAAGCAACUGUGUUUUAGCUGAUUUUAGUCACAUACAAGACGGAUUUUCAUGGACCACAAUUGAUUGCAGACAAUGUAUUUGUGAAAAUGGGAUUAUUAGUUGUACAGAAAGACGUUGUGAACCAAACGAUUGUUAUAAACGAGAAGCCGCUUCUGCAGACUUCGCUUUUUGUCCUAAAGAUCAGCACUGCAAUGUUAUUGAAAGCAGUCAAUGCUUGAAUGGGAAUUGCACUUUGCCCCGAGGUCAAUGUGUGCCACCAAUUCAGUUGAAGAAAAAUGCAACUUUGCGCUUAUGUCGUAUGCGACCGAACAGAAGAGAAAAUACGAAAAAAAGUUGCACCAGAUUAUUAAUUGGACUGGAUCUGCAACGGCUACCAGAUGGAACGACAACUGAUGACAUUUGCUACCACCUACUUCUUGAAGCUAUUACCGCGAAUAUGAGACAAGUUGGCUUCGAUUGCAAAAAAGUUGCGAGUGAUAUUCUUAAUGUUGAUAUAGUUUCGCUCAAAUUUUCUGGUGAUGUUAUGGUCACAAAAGCAUAUAUAAUGGCUCGUUUGCAGCAGCGAUUGGCUGCCAGUGUUGUACUGAAUGCGGUGACCACAGUUUAUGAAUACAGUCAUCGAAAUGAACAAUCAUUACUGGAUGUUAACUCAGCCAAGCAUCACACGAGUCUAGCAACAGAAUUUUCCGAUUUUACUAAAUGGAUGCUCAUCGUCAUCAUUUUGCUACUGCUAGUUAUAACCUUAAUAUUAAUGAACCUUUAUAUGUAUAAAUUUCCUCCCCUUAUGUUUUGUUGUUAUCCUCAACAACAAACCAUGGUUCACCAGUCGGCCUUAUCUGAAAUUUUUCCAACUAAAUCCCUAACCAGUCGUGACAAGAAGCGUCGCCAUAGCAUAGCAUCGAUUGGAUUAAAGGAUUCAAUAUUUCUACCAGAUCGAAAAUCGUCACUAGAACAGCUUAAUUUAUCCCUCAUCACUAAGGAAGAAAAAGAAAAUCACAAAAAUUUAUACCUUAAUCCGCUACGGAAUAGCGAUGACUGUCUUAGACUUACGCAGCCAUGGCCAGAAACUAUUCUUAGCAUCGAAGAUCGCCGAUUACCAUCCAUGCAUAAGUUGAUGAUUUCUUAUGAUCAUUCGUCCUUGUUGGAUCGAAGAAUCGAAGAAAGAAUUAUUUUCAAUAACGCCACUACGAUAUAA